AUGGGUAUUCAAGUGGAAUACUGUCAUGGGGUCGAGGACUCUUACCAGUUAAAACACGACCACAUUGUCGCCUUCCAAGAUAUCUGCCUCAGUGAGGGCUACAUGAUAUUGGAAUGGUGCCAAUACCGCCACCUUAGUAGCGACCAUAUCAGACGGACCCAACAUAAUCUCAGAGAAGACUUGCUGGCGCUGAGCUUCCAGAUGGUUGAUGCGCUCACAUUUCUGCACCACCAGGGUGGGAUAGCCCAUUUCGACGUGCACCCCGAAAACAUCCUCGUCACAAGCUUAGCUCCGCGUCUUACCUGCAAGCUGGCCAAUUUUAGCCGUGCCGUACGAAAGUCAAACUUCAAGUUCAAGGGCCUGAAGUUGCGAGACGACUGCGAUAUCCCCACAGAUGUGUCACUUGCCGAUAAGUGCGACGUGUGGUCGCUUGGAUGGACACUUGCCAGUAUGGCGCUGGCAGGCUCGAUUCCAGCAGACGAUGGGGACUUUGUGAUGAAACUCGGCGAGACUUUUGGCCUGAAUCCCAACAACCAGACUCAAAUACCUGACACGUUCUGUAUCAUGGUGUCUGGAAUGCUCGACCAAAACCCCUCGACGCGCUAUUCUAUGGAGAAAUGCCUGUGGUUUCUGCGCCCAGAGAUCCCCUCAAACUCUUGGCUUCACAACAAGACAAAAAAAUUGGCAUUAUCAAAGUUCGAUGCCAUGGAUUUCUCCGGAUAUUAUGCUGCCGGUUCACUUCUCGGGCACAACCCACAGGCAGUUGUUCCAUUCAUCAUGCCCACGCCCGAGAAAUUCCCAAAAUCCAAUAAUGGAAUGACGAACGACCAGGAUGAUACGGAUUUGGAUGAGGGUUGGGCCGAGAGUACCCAAUGGAAGCCAAAAUCAGAUGUUCAAGAGAAGCAGUCGGUUGUUGAACCCAAGUACGAAAAGAAGAAGAACAAAAGUGGAGAAAAAUCUCAAAGGCAGGAUCAGAACCAGAAGUCCGGUCGAAAUCAAGACCAACGCCAAAAGCAGAACCAGAAUCCCAGCCCGAAUACGCGAAACCAACCUGGAAAUGCCAGCCCGCCAAGACCAGGGAGUGGGGGAAAUGGCGAGAAGGCAAAGUCUGGGAAGCAAGGGCAAGGUGAACCAAAAAAACAGCCAAACCCGUUCGGAACAAGUGACAAUGUCGACAAUAGCAGCAAUACAAAUACCAAAAGAUAA